AUGUGCCACUUUCAGGUCUCCUCACACUGCUGGUGGGUUCCAUUUUGUCAUAGGGUGCUGGCAGAUUACGGGCCUCCCAUUGCUGCUGCCAGGCCCGUAAUCUGCCAUGGGCCCCUGUACCGCCUCCUCAUGCUGCUGCCAGGUCCAGAGUGUCUCAUGGGUCCCUGUACGGCCUCCCAUUGCUGCUGUCUCCAUCGCCACACUCUGCCAUGUGCCACUUUCAGGUCUCCUCACACUGCUGGUGGGUUCCAUUUUGUCAUAGGGUGCUGGCAGAUUACGGGCCUCCCAUUGCUGCUGCCAGGCCCGUAAUCUGCCAUGGGGUACCGUCCCAUGCUGCUGCCCUUACGGGCCUCCCAUUGCUGAUGCUGUGCAUGGGCCCUUGUACCGCCUCCUCAUGCUGCUGCCA